GGGAGCUCGGGAGGAGGAGCCCGAGGCCGCUGGCUGCAUUUGGAGCCCCAGCCGGAGCCGGCUGUGGCUCAGGUGACCUGAGGCUGUCUCUGGGAGCGCGCUGAUCCCCACCGCCUGGUCCACACUGCUAGAGGCCGCAAUGAUCCAGAAUGUCGGCAAUCACCUGCGAAGGGGCCUCGCCUCUGUGUUCUCCAGCCGCACGUCCCGCAAGUCAGUCUCACGUGCUGGAGACGACAACGACAUGGCAGAGGGUGAGGGAUACCGGAACCCCACGGAGGUGCAGAUGAGCCAGCUGGUGCUGCCCUGCCACACCAACCAUCGUGGGGAACUGAGCGUCGGGCAGCUGCUCAAGUGGAUCGACACCAUGGCCUGUCUGUCCGCGGAGAGGCACGCUGGCUGCCCCUGUGUCACAGCCUCCAUGGACGAUAUCUAUUUUGAGCACACCAUCAGUGUUGGACAAGUGGUGAAUAUCAAGGCCAAGGUGAACCGGGCCUUCAACUCCAGCAUGGAGGUGGGCAUCCAGGUGGCCUCUGAGGAUCUGUGCUCUGAGAAGCAGUGGAAUGUGUGCAAGGCCUUGGCCACCUUUGUGGCCCAUAGGGAACUUACCAAGGUGAAGCUGAAGCAGAUCACGCCACGGACGGAGGAGGAGAAAACCGAGCACAGUGUGGCAGCUGAGCGCCGGCGCAUGCGCCUGGUCUAUGCGGACACCAUCAAGGGCCUCCUGGCCAACUAUGCCAUCCAGGAAGAUCUGGACAGCAGGGACUGCAGCUGCAUGGUGCCGGCUGAGAAGACCCGCGUGGAGAGCGUGGAGCUGGUUCUGCCCCCCCAUGCCAACCACCAGGGCAACACCUUUGGGGGUCAGAUCAUGGCCUGGAUGGAGAACGUGGCUACCAUUGCAGCCAGCCGGCUCUGCCGUGGGCACCCCACACUGAAGGCUAUUGAGAUGUUCCACUUCCGAGGUCCGUCCCAGGUUGGAGACCGUCUGGUGCUCAAGGCCAUCGUGAACAACGCCUUCAAGCAUAGCAUGGAGGUGGGCGUGUGCGUGGAGGCCUAUCGCCAGGAGGCUGAGACCCACCGGCGGCACAUCAACAGUGCCUUCAUGACCUUUGUGGUCCUGGACGCAGAUGACCAGCCCCAGAAGCUGCCCUGGAUUCGGCCUCAGCCUGGGGAGGGCGAGCGACGGUACAGAGAGGCCAGUGCCAGGAAGAAGAUCCGCCUGGACAGGAAGUACAUUGUGUCCUGCAAGCAGGCAGAGAUGCCCCUCUCUGUUCCCUGGGACCCUAGCAACCAGGUGUACCUGAGCUACAACAACGUGUCCUCCCUGAAGAUGCUCAUGGCCAAGGACGACUGGGUGCUGUCCUCGGAGAUCAGUCAGGUCCGCCUGUACAGCCUGGAGGAAGACAAGUUUUUCUCCUUCCAUCUGGAGAUGGUGGUGCACGUGGAUGCAGCCCAGGCCUUCCUGCUGCUCUCAGACCUGCAGCGCAGGCCGGAGUGGGACAAGCACUACCGGAGCGUGGAACUAGUGCAACAGGUGGACGAGGAUGAUGCCAUCUACCACAUCAUCAGCCCUGCCCUUGGUCGUGAUGCCAAGCCCCAGGACUUUGUGAUCCUGGCCUCACGGCGCAAGCCUUGUGACAAUGGGGACCCCUAUGUCAUUGCGAUGAGGUCAGUCACGCUGCCCACGCACUGCGAGACACCAGAGUACCGUCGUGCCGAGACCCUCUGCUCAGGCUUCUGCCUCUGGCGCGAGGGGGACCAGUUGACCAAGGUGUCCUACUACAACCAGGUCAGCCCGGACUUCCUCAACUACGUGACCACCAACGUGUCCGGCCUCUCCUCGGAGUUCUACACCACCUUCAAGGCUUGCGAACGUUUCCUCCUGGACAAUCGCAAUGACCUGGCCCCCAGCCUCCAGACCCUCUAGGCUCCCCUCCAGCUGCCCCCAAGGACUCUCGUGCCGUGCGAGGAGGAAGGCAGAGGCAUUUAUUCCUCCUGCCUCCUGCAGGGAAGCUUGGACCUAGGAGUUGGCUGGCCCGGCACCACUGGGCGGUCAGUUUCUGCCAACAUCUGCCCACGAGUCCUUGUGGUACCCCUGGGGGGGCCUGCAGUAGACUCUGGUCCUGUCCACCCCGCUGGCUGCCAGCAGCCCUGCCCACACAGCUGUACAGCUGCUCCCAGUGGGGCUGUGCUGCACUGUGACGGUGGCCCGGGGGGAGGCUGCCAGCAGCCUGGCCACAGCUCCCACCAUGCUCUGGUCCAGUGGCCCGGCUUGCAGCUGGAAGGACACAGGUUGCCAGAGUCCCUGGCAGAGCUCCAGCAUAUCCAUGAGCAGCCGCUCCCCAUAGCCACUGCCUAGCAUCUCCUCGGGCCAGCUGGGUGCCACGGUCACAUGGGGGAAUACCUCAGCCACAGCCUUAAGGAACUCUUUGCCAGCCGUGUGGCCAGGGACCACAAAACUCCCAUAUGAGAUUGUGGCCCCGACCCAUACAGGCCGAGGCAGGUGGCCAAGGGCUGAGAGGUGUGCCAGGAUGGCCAGGGACGGACGGAGGGCUGCGGGCUCUACUAUGUGCACGUGGAGGCCCCAGCGCCCAGGGCGUGUGGCCAGCUGCAGCAGGCAUGACUCCAGUGUCAGGGCAGCGCUGCCUGGGGCACGGACGAUGGGCACAGGGUCCCCGGCUGCAGUUCCCUGGAGACCAACGUCCAGCAGGAUCACGCCUUCUCUGUCUGGAAGAGGCAACCAUGGCUGGUCUCAGGUUCCCAAGGGAGCCAGAAUCUCUUGUUAAAAGGGCACGGGGUGGGGUGGGGGUGUGGCUAUGGGGACGGCCUUGCCUCUCUGGAAUCCUCUAACCUUGUUCUGGGUUUCAGUUGUGGUGCCUGGUACUUGUCAAGACUAAAGUGAUAAGCUGCCAGCUCAGCUCUUGGCCUUUACUUGUGACAUAGACCUGGGGCAGAUGCCGGCUCCUCCUAUAGCAUCAUGUGACUGAGGACUCAAGAGAGCUGGUCUGAAGGCCAGGAAGCCGGUGCUCUUGAGACUACCCCACUCCCCCGGCCCCACCCUACUUUGUAUCCAGUGUGUGGCUUACAUGGGCCCAUGUUGCCAUGGUAACCGAGGUCCAAGGUCCACUGGCAAAGGACACCCUUGCAGGUCAGCUAGGGGUACCAGGGCUGUAGACAGACUUACCAGGGAGCGUGAUCACUGCUGUUCUGCCAUUGCCUUGCACUUCUGGAAGCAGCCACUCCACGCCCAGACCAUCACCCGCGGGUGGCUGGAGAACAGGGAUCAGGCUACUGCCGGUGUAGUACAUUCGCUUCCUUGUGGCAUUCACUGUGGGGUCCAAAAUUGUUGAGAUGAAGUGGCCAUUCAGAGUGCCUUCUAUAUGCUCCGAUUCUACCUUAUUCCAAGACUCUUGCUGUCAUCUCCCCGCUUUGAUAGACUAGGAGAAGUGAUUUGCCCAAGGUCCUUCAGCAGUUACUGGAUUGGAACUGGAUGGAACCAGAGCUAGCUGUACCCACAGCUAGUAUCCUCCCCCUCACUUAGGUAGCUCCCACAGUGGGGAUGUGGACUCUGAUGGGACCCCCUGUGACCAUUCAGCUGCAGGGUCAAGGGAGCAAAUAUGCACAGUAGCAUCUGGAUUAUUAAGUCUCACCCACAGAGAGACUGUGCUACAUGGAAAGUCUACAGGGUUGGAAUUUGCUGAGUUCUGAUAAGAGCUCUGCCUUGUUAAGAUCUGAUGACAUAUAAACUCUGUAACUGUUUA